AUGCCUGGAGGUGUCCACGGGAUCCUCUCUCUGAUAGCCGUGGUGUUCGUCCUGCCAGAGGUGUCUGGGCUGCAGUGCUAUGGCUGCAACAUCGUCGUUGGCACCAAGAACGUGGACAGGGGGUGCUCUAGCCCGGAGGUGAUCACCUGCUCCCACUCCCACCAGGGCUUCAAGCACCGGUUCUGCAUUAAGACAGAGAGUGUGGUCCUGGGCAUCCUGCUGACCAGCGGCUGUGCCACCUCCCGGCACUGCCAGCAGCAGGAGCUGCCGGGGGUCCGCAUCCACUGCUGCGACACAGACCUCUGCAACGGGGCCCCCCGAGCCCCCCGGCCGUCCCCCAGCCUCACUGGCAGCUGCCUCCUGCUGCCCUGCCUCCUUGCUACCCUGCUCCUCUCCUGAGCCCCUGUAGUGAGGGAUGGAGACCAACCAGGGCCGUCAGCAGAAGGGGAGGAAGAGGCAGAUCCAGAGGCCAUCAGCCCAUCCCUACCCCAUGAGACAAGCAAAAGGAUCUCAGCUGUGGCCCAGGUGAGCUCUUGAUCACUUGGCUGCUCCGAAGCUGGGAUAAUUUCCUUCCCAGCAGCCUGCCCAGUGCUGUGGGUUGGCUGCAGUGGUGAGGUUG